ACAACAAACCACUGGGCAUUGAACUGUCACCUGUCACCUGUCAUUUCACAUUUCAGUUACUAGUCUCGUUGUUAACAAACAAACAGUCAAAGCGUCUCAUAAAAUAAAAAAAAAUAAUACUAUUAUUCAGUCAAUAUUUCUACAAAUAUUAUCAUCAUUAUUACAAUCAAUAAGAAUUAUUUACUCAAUAAAAUGUUACAUUAUUAUGGCGGAACUUCAUAUAUUUGGACGAAUAGAAUCAGCAGAAAAUUUUAAAAAAUCUAUAUUAUUUUGUAAAUGGAGUUUCCAUACCGGAAGUGGCUGGAAAUUAAUAAAUGGAAAUAGUGAAGGACAAACGCAAGAAUGUCGUGAUUUAUAUCGCAAAAAAUUAGCCUGGGAUCAUCCUAUUGAUUUACAUUACACAACACAUACAAUACAAGGUUCACCAAAAUUAUUGUUGCAAAUUUUUUCACGUGAUAAUUACGGUAGAAUAUUGUUUACUGCUUAUGGUACAUGUUCAGUACCACUGAUUCCGGGUUUCCAUCAGAUUACGUGUCAUACUUGGAAACCAAUCGGUAAUUGGCAAGACAGACUGAGAGAUAAAUUCUUAGGUAUGACAUUGCAAUUGAAGACACCAAGUCUUUUAGCCAACAGUACUGAUCGUUUUGAAUUAUUAACUGAAACCGAGGGUAGUGUUAAUAUAAACUUUCAAAUAAUGAAUCGUAACUUCAGUAAAUUUGGUUGUCUCUUAUAA